AUGAGGAAACCUUCGAACGACGACCACAUGUGGACCGUCUACACCAAGCAGUUCAGCGUCCCGGCCUGGGCAACGAUUUCCGGAACUGUUCUUGUUCUUGUUGUUUUGUUGUUCCUGACGACUCGCCUCUCCCCCCAACAGCCUUCUUUCAGCUUCCUCGAUUCUGCUACUGUGAUCAUUGGUUUUGUUGCUGGCCAAGUGAUCCUGAUGGGCCUUAUGCUCCAAGUGCUCCUCCUAGCCUAUUACACAAGCGACCUCGUCUCCAGCCUGACAGCGGGUCCUUCUCCUCCUAAGCUAUCGACACUUUACGACAUCUAUCAGAACCCUUCGCUGAAAUUAGGCUUCGAGAAAGGGGCGGCGCCGCAUCUCUACUUCAGUGAAUCGACAGACAACAUCGUCCAAAAGCUCUGGCAGAGAAUCCAGGACAACAACUACGAAACCCUCAUGAACAGCCUGGACGAGGGCAUGCAGCGAGUUCUGAGGGAGCCUUAUCUCCACAUGGGCUGGGGCAUUCCGAUGCGCUAUGGCUACGGGCACGACUGUCGACUGUUCAUGCUGCCUACGUCCUACUUCCACGUGCAGGCUUCCUUUAUGCUGAAGAAGGACUCGCCUCUCGUGCCCGUGUUGAAUAAAGUGUGA